CUGUAGUGUGUUAUAGAUAUAAGUCGUAAAGGAUUGAAAAUAUUGAAAUACUUUGUUAGAACUUAAUAAUCAGGGAUUGAAUAAUCUCAUCCUUGUGUGACAUAAGGGAUUAUAAUUGGGUCACUCUGUGUGUUGCAUUGAUGUAUGAAGUUAUAGGCAGUACAUUCAUUGAAAGUGUAAUUUGUUGUUAUGUAAGUUUGUUCAUAAAGUGUGAUAUAAUCUUCCGGGUACAUGUCCCGACGUCCUCCAUGUACAAUACAGUCGACAUCGCCAAUGCAUUUGAUCGAACAUCGGGUACUGAAGACAACAACAUACGCAGUAUGAACACUAUAAGUGUGCGAUACAGUCUGCCGUAUAUAUAUCACGACGUCCUCCAUGUACAAUACAGUCGACGUAGUCACUGCAUUUCAUAACACAUCAGGUACCGGGCCUUGCUGAAGACAAGAACAUACACAAUAUGAAUAAUAUAAGUUUCCUAUGCGUCUUUCUACUAACCAGCACGUUUAACAGAUUUUCUAGUGGACAGCCUCUGUCAUCUGACCGUCGUCAGACAGUAGAAUCAGCUCUCAUGGAACAGGGGAUACUAGAACAAAUCAGGCCACUUCUGACGGAACUGUGUAACGAUGACCGAAGGUAUUCACGCCACCUGUCUGAACUGACGGAUGAAAUCAAGGCCCUUACUAAACGUGUUGAGAGCUUAGAAGACUGUGCGGCUUUGUUGAACAUAACGGUGUGCUCAGAUUACCUCGUAUCGGGACUGUAUGGUGUGAAAGAUUCGGCGUAUCACGUGUCUACCACAUGGACGACUACUAGUUAUUACCAUGGUCCUAUAAACAGCAGGCUAUAUAAUGAAAAUAGUGAUACCAAACGCACUACUGGUGCUUGGUCAUCUCAAUAUAAUAAUAAUCAACAAUUCAUACAGGUUAAAUUCCCGAGAGAAACUGAAGUAGAAACGAUCUUGUUGCGAGGUCGAAAUGAAAUCUAUAACCAGUGGGUGAAAACCUUUCAUCUUUUGUACAGCAUUAAUGGUACCAAUUGGACUACAGUGAUGUCGGACGACCACCAACCUACGUUAUUUACCGGUAACAAUGACACAACUACCAUAGUUAAGGCUAGCGUGGUCCCAAGUAUCACUGCAGUGUACUUCCGGAUUAAUCCAAUGAGUUGGAACAAUUGGGUAUCUCUCCGUUUUGACGUCAGUGGCUGUUACACCGUUAGGGAAACACGCAAACACAUACACAAAGCUUUAGGAUUCAAACCUGUCCCGAACGAAGACACACUGUACAAGGUGAACGAACGUGAACAUAACCAGUUGGACGCUGUCAGGCUCUGUACCCAACAGUAUUCACAGCUCAUCAAGAUAGAUUCCUUGUCAUUGAUGGCGAGUCUCCAGGCAGUCGUGGAGGGAAAUGAUAUACUAAGGAACGCCCACAAUCAAAUGUACGUAUCCGGGAAGUAUGUGGCUAAUACGUGGCAGUACAGUGAUGACUUCGAGGUGAUUUACAGCCCCCUCUGGUCUCCGGGCAACCCUGACCCCACUCAGGGGCAUUGCGUCAUGUUGACAUUAGCAGGCCUGGCAAGUGUGAAUUGUUCACAAACUUUCUUUUCCGUGUGUGGACACAUUUAAAGUAACUUAUUUUUGUCUGUACGCUAGUGAGACUUGUUGACAAAUGGCUGACAAGAGAAAAAACUGUGCCAAGAGACAGUUUUUUUUGCUUUGAUCUGUCUUCCGAACAGGCUUAUAUUCCAAAAAUGAUACAUGAAAUGGAUAGCUUGCACUGCAAUACAUCUACAAACCAAAAUUAAACAAAAUCAUACAAUGUUUUGAGGUCAGCUUGCUCCCACUUACAUGGUAACUGUGAUAGAGUUCGCAACUCCACAAUACCAAAGUGGCAAAAUCUCAACUGGUCCCUUUUUGACAAAACUAAAUAAUAUUUCUUGAAACUUGCUUCAUAAUUUGGAUGUUUUGAGUGACACUGAAGCUGCACGCGACAGAAAUGGAUGAAAGAAUAGCAUAUUGUUGAUGAGUACGCCACUAUGGCCUUGUUAUAUAUCGGCUUCAUUAUGUCAUCAAUUCUCUUUUUGUGUACAUAUGAUACAUACUAGAACCCUAUAAUAAUCUUACAUUUGUAUGUUAUAAAUAUUUGGGGUUGAAUUGAU